CCUUUCUACAAUCGAUAACCGAUUGUUUUUGCAACGCUGUGACCGUAAGUACACCUUAUGUUUUGACAAUUUGGGAGAGUACAUGCCACUGAAUCCCCCGUCCGACCCUGAUGAACUGUUUCAUGUGGCGGGUUCUUGCAAUGGCCUAAUCUGCCUCUUUCGUGAUGACUUUUCAUCUUGCAGAUAAUCUAAAACAAAAGGAUCUCAAGCAAAGGGAUGAGGAAAUCGAAAUCGAAAGAUUUGCCUGAGGAAAUAAUAGAAGAAAUCUUGUGGAGGCUGCCGAUAAAGACCAUAGUACGGUGCACCAGUGUAUGCAGGUCAUGGUACUCUCUUAUCAAAAACCCUAAUUUUAUUUCCACCCACCUUUAUAGAGCGCUUUUCUCAAGAAAUAACCCAUUAUUUUUGCGUCCUGCAACUACUGAUACUAAUCCUAAAUAUAAAUUAUAUUUUGACAAUAAAGAUUUCGGUGAAUACAUGUCACUCAAUCCCCCUUUCGACUCCAAGGAUUUCUUUGCUGUCGUUGGUUCCUGCAAUGGUCUAGUUUGCCUCUUUGGUGGGGAUUCUGUAUUUUCUAAAUAUAGAUUUUUCCUUUGGAACCCUUCAAUUAGAAAAUACCUAUUACUGCCCUUACACCAAUCCAUCUCUUGGAGACAUAGUUGGGAAAAUUAUGUUAUUGGGUUUGGAUUUGAUUCUAAAACCCAUGAUUAUAAAGUGUUAAGCAUGAGAGGUACUUUUGUUGACAAUGGGAAUCACUUCAGUGCGGAACUUUACUCACUUAAUGCAAAUUCUUGGAAGAAUAUCUCUAACGUUGCUCCCAAGUUUGAUGGUUGGAUUUCACAUAAAAGUUAUUCAUGUUCUGUGAAUGAUGCAUUUCAUUGGCUUGCUUAUAAAAUGAAAAGUAUAACUGAGACGGAAUGUGUUAUCAUGGUGUUUGAUCUAAGAGAUGAGGUUCUUCGUGAGAUGAAGUUACCUCAAUGUUUAGCAAAUUCUUCGAAUUUGAAUUUAAAUUUGAAGGUUUAUGUAUGUGGGGAGUCAUCAAUUGCUGUUAUUCAUCAAGAAGAUGAGAAAAACUCAAGCAUUUGGGUGAUGAAAGAGUACGGGGUAGUGGAAUCGUGGGUGAAGUUAGGAACUGUGGGUAAACGUUGGAGAGGAAAGUCAAGGGUGUUGGGUUUCAGGUGUAAUGGAGACGCAUUAUUGCAUUUUAAUCGAGGACCAGGAGUCAUAGCUUCGCAGAACAUAGAGAGCAAAAGGGUUAAGAAUUUCAUUUCUACAGUGAGGUAUAGUGACUCUUCUGUGUAUAGCUAUAUGGAGAGUUUAGCAUUGCUAGACAAAGGAGCUGAUGUAAGUGCAAAUGGUACAAGCACUCCCAAGUAGAGUCAGAAGAUCCAAUACACAGUAAUGAAUUGUGAAAGUGUUGACGCUCUUACCAAGAAUUUACAGUACUGUUGAUCAUAUACAGGAUGUUAGCUUUUUCUUGGGUACUUGAUUAGUAUUUUAUUUAUAAUAUGCAUGGUUCUUUUACUACAAUGGAAUGUAAUUCUGUUAACUUCUUUUAAAUACUUGGUACUUUUAUUUGCAUAAUAGGUUAAAUACUCAAUUUGACUA